AUGGAUGCAUCUAAUACUGAACAGAAGCAGUCUGUGGAGGAAGCAAAAUCAGCAGUUUUUGUUUGGGCCUUGAAAGAGAAAAAAGAAGCAGUGAAAAAUGCUCUCCUUGUGGCUGAACAGCAAAAGAAUAACGAGUUGGAGAUAUUAAAGAAUAAACACAUUAAUGAAAUAAAGGAAGAAGUAGAAAAAACCAAGACCAGGAUGCAGUGGGAAUAUCAGCAGGAAGCCAGAAAGGAACGAGAGGCUGAAGAAAAACGCCUGGCUCAUGAAAUCCAGCAGACACUUCAGAAAUGUGAAGCUGAAAAGGAAAAGGCUGUACAUGAAGCAAUAGAAGAACAAAAGGCUAUUGCAUCACAAAACCUUAAUGAAUUAGUAUCAGAGUUAAAAAUUGAUGCUGACCGUCAGAAAGAAGCUGUGCUACAAGAAUCUCUGCAGAGCCAGAGAGCGGAGUAUGAGAAAAUAAUUGUACAAGAAGUAGCUAAAGCUCGCCAAGAAGAGAAGGAAUUAGCUGAGGGCCCCAUUCUUCUCUUACAAAGCAGACAUCAGUCCGAAAUAGACCAGUUAAAACACUUGCUGUGUGAUAAAGACGUUAAUCUCAAAGAGGUUUAUGAGCAUGUGGAAACUAUGACCGUCUUAGAACUGGAGCUGGAGAUGGAGCUACGGGAGAUAAGACAAGCUUUCCAGGACUAUAUUAAUCUCACUUUUCCAAAUUUACCUCCAGAACAGGUAGAAUUCAUCCUCCCAUCUCGACCGAUGUGCAGAGAUUCCUCCAACCCUUUGCGUGGUUGCAAGGCCCACAAAGCUCAGAAACGUCCACAAAAAUAA